UUAUGGUGCACCCAUUUGAUAGGGAGGCCUGGAAGGAGUUUAAUCGUGUCCACUUAAGCUUUGCAUCAGAUCCGAGAAAUAUUCGGUUAGGGUUGUGCACUGAUGGGUUUUGUCCAUUUGACAUGUCUUCAAAUACAUACUCUUGUUGGCCAGUAAUUGUGACUGUUUAUAAUUUGCCUCCGUGGAAGUGCAUGACUAGACCAUUCAUGUUUUUGACAAUGAUGAUUCCUGGGCCAAAGAAUCCGGGUAAAAAGCUUGAUGUUUUUCUAAGACCUUUGAUUGAUGAGUUAAAGAAUUUGUGGUUUUUUGGUGUUGAAACAUAUGAUGUAUACAGAAAGGAAAAUUUUCAAUUAAGGGCAGCUUUGAUGUGGACCAUUAGUGACUUUCCAGCAUAUGGCAUGUUAUCGGGGUGGAGUACUCAUGGAAAUUUGUCUUGUCCUUAUUGUAUGGAGCAUAGCAAGGCUUUUAGAUUAAAAAAUGGGGGGAAAACUACAUUUUUUGAUUGUCAUCGACGAUUCCUACCCAUGAACCACCCAUAUAGAUUUCAAUCUGAUAAGUUUUUGAAAGGAGUAAUUGAAAGGCUUCCUCCUUUACCUCGUCCAUCUGGUUUGGAAAUGUUAAAUGAAGUGUCCAAGUAUACUGAGGGACAUAAUGGAGGUUCAUCAUAUAAUGAUAAAAUUCCUGGCUUUGGUGUUAAGCACAAUUGGGUGAAGAAGAGCAUUUUCUGGGAGCUUCCAUAUUGGCAUACAAAUUUGAUUCGUCAUAAUCUUGAUGUCAUGCAUAUUGAGAAAAAUGUCUUUGACAAUAUUUUUUAUACAGUAAUGGAUUGUCCGAAUAGAAGCAAGGACAAUUUAAAGGCUAGGUUGGAUAUUCAAUUGUAUUGUCAGAAGCCAAAUUUACAUUUGCAACAAGAUAUGAGUGGUCGGCUUUACAAACCUAAAGGCACUUAUUGUCUGCACAAGAAACAACAACAAGAAGUUUUGUCAUGGAUGAAGGAAUUAUCAUUUCCUGAUGGUUAUGCUUCAAGCAUUUCACGAUGUGUGAAAGAGGCACAAUGUAAGGUUUCGGGGAUGAAGAGCCAUGAUUGUCAUGUCUUCAUUCAAAGACUUCUUCCAACCGCUUUCCGACCUUACUUACCUAGGCCACUGUGGGAGGCAUUAACUGAACUGUCCGUAUUUUUUCGAGAUAUUUGUUCAACAAAUUUAAAUGCCCAGCAUAUGGAGUUAAUGCAGAUGAAUAUAAUUGAAAUAAUUUGCAAACUUGAAAGGAUUUUUCCUCCAUCCUUCUUUGACUCCAUGGAACACUUGACGAUACAUCUACCUUACGAGGCAAAAGUUGGUGGACCAGUUCAAUAUCGAUGGAUGUAUCCAUUUGAACGGUAUAUGUUUUAUUUGAAGAAGAAAGUGACCAAUAAAGCUAAAGUUGAGGGUUCCAUAUGUGAAGCAUACUUGAUUGAUGAAAUUACCAAUUUUGCAUCUCAUUAUUUUGGUGAUGACGUGCAAACAAUUUGGAAUCGAGUUCCACGGAAUGAUGAUGGUGGCCUUAGAAGUGUAGAUGGAUGUCUCUCUAUUUUUUCCUAUCCAGGGAAAAAAUUAUCCAAAAGAUUUUAUAAAAGGCAGUUGUCACAUGCUGAAAUGCAAAUUGCGCAUAACUAUGUGAUAUUCAAUUGUCAAGAACUGAAGCCUUAUUUAGAGCAAUGUCGACAAGAGCUAAAGUCACAACAACCAUAUGCGAGUGAUGGUGAAAUUGAAAAAUUAUGCGAAGCGAUCUUUCCAAAUUGGUUAAAAAAUAAUGUAAGUAUUUUAAUAAAAUUAAUUUAUAUUUUAUGUCAAUUAGCUACUUUAAAAAUAUUAUUAAUCUCUUUUAAAUCAUUAUUUCUUAUGGAGUUAACUAUUAUGCUAGGUGGAAUACCAAUCUAACGGAAUUGAAAAUCAGCUCUUUGGACU